CAGGACAACGACGGGAGGAGGACGGCUGGGGAGUCGCAGCCCGGGAUUGUAAAUAAGACCGUAAAAACUGUGUUUUAUUUACAAACGUGAUGUUGGCUGUUUUAAACUAUCUUUCCCAGUUGUUUUAAGUCUUUUGUUUUUUGUAAGUUUUUCGGCUCUGUCUCUCGCCUUUUUCCGUGUGGUUCUUACACUACGCGUAUAAUGGCGAGCUCGGCUAACUCGAACCCAGUGCCUAAACUAUAUAGGUCUGUGAUUGAGGACGUGAUCAACGAGGUCCGGGAGCUGUUCCUGGACGAGGGAGUGGACGAGCAGGUACUUCACGAGCUGAAAACGUUGUGGGAGAGCAAGCUGGUGCAGUCCAAGGCAGUGGAGGGCUUCCACUCUGAUGAGCAGGCAGCCCUGCAGGCCGCUCAGCAGCAGCAAGUGCAGCAGGUGCCACAGCCAAUGCAACCGCAGCCAGUCAUCCUGCCCCCUCAGCAACACCAAGCUCCCCAGCAGCAAGUCAUUGUUAAGGAUAAUAUUCUGCAGCACAUGGGUGCAGCAGGGUUGAGUGCAGCAGCCACCACAGCAACUCUGGCUUUGCCCACGGGGGUCGGGCCGUACCAGCAUGUCCUCACCAAUCCAGGUCAGUUUGUGCAGUUGCUGCGUGGCGCCAACGGGACUCAGUACAUCAUCCAGCAGCCACAGCAGCCCAUCGUGUUGCACCAGCCCAUGCAGUCUGGGGGAGUGCAGGCGCCGGUUAUACAGCAGGAGCCUCUGAACAGUGGGGACGACGUGAGCGAUGACGACGGAGGGGAGCUGUUCGACACAGAGAAUGUAGUGGUGUGCCAGUACGAUAAGAUUCACAGAAGUAAGAACAAAUGGAAAUUCCACCUGAAGGACGGGAUUAUGAACCUUAACGGCAGAGAUUAUGUGUUUUCCAAAGCCAUCGGUGACGCAGAGUGGUGAGGCAGGGAUGGGGAAAGCAGCCGGAGCAGGAUCUCUGUAACUCCUGUCUGRUUAACAGAGCCUGCAGCAUCCUUCUGAACUCUGUGACCGGAUCCCUUCAAGAAGCUGCUUCAGAGUCUUUGAGAACUCACCCCCACCCCCACCCUAAAAGGAUCGUAAGGUACCGUAAAACCUAAGCGUCAUCCAUCGAAAACACUCGACUGGCCUUGCAGGAUGAGAACGCUMCAGAGGAAGGGAAGGGAGAGGCUGUUUCUCUCUUUAUCUCCACCUUCCGGGCUUUUCUGCCUUUUAUUAUUWUUUUUUUCUUUUAGUUCAAGAAAAACUUUUCGCAUCAAACAGGUGUAGCGGACCAGGGUGAAGUGACCGCCCUGCCACAGGAGGUCAGAGGUCGUUCAUUUUAAACACCCCCCCCCCCCCCACACACACACACACACACACACACACACACAAUCAGAACCACCUUUUUAUGAUGCACUGUAGUCAGUUGACUGGAAUGAAUCGUGUCCACCUUUCUGUCCAAACUUAGUGCCACCAGUCCAAACUGCUGCCUUUUUAGAGACCAGAAUCUUUUUUUUUGCUUCUGCGUUUGUUUUUGCUCCUCGAGUUCUCGUCCUAUCUUCACGUUUUGACAAAUGGUGCUCCAGAGUGUUUUAUGUAGGUAAUCUAUUAUUGUUGUAGAUAGUUUUUAAAAUAUGGUCGAUGAAGGGUUAAAGGAAGAAAAAAGGUAAAUUGAUGCAAAUCUUAAAAUAAUUUUAUUAAUAAUAAUAAUAAUAAAAAUAAUAAAAGUUAUUUUUAAUCUUAAUCAACAAUACUGUUCUGUUCCCUCUUUGCUUCUCUGGAGCUCCAUUCCACCUUUUUAUUAAAAAGAAGGAAAAAAAGUUAGUAUUUCAACCAAUUAAAUGUUUGCCUUGUUGCUUUUUUUUUUAGUUUUCUGUAGCCCUCUGAAGAUUUGAUCUGUCACUUCAUCGAUGUUAGGUCAGUCUUGGUGAUCAAAAGCUGCAGGGUGUUUUUAUUUUUUAUUUUUUGUGUGUGUGUUUAUGUGUGUGAGAUACAGCAACUGAUGAGGUAUGUGCAUGUAUGUGUUCCCUGGACUAACGUUAAUUUCACUCGCACAACCUGCAAUCUCAUAACGCCACAGUUAAAGCAGUGGCAUUUCUUCUAUUUAUUGCUCAAAAUUUUGAUAUGUUUGUUUUAUUUUGAAAGGUUGCAGCACCAAACUGUGCUCUUAUUAUGUAAUAAGUGUUCCUUUUUGUUUUUCUUUUUUUUUCUGGGCUAAAGCUCCCCAGCGCUGUGCUCCACAUCAUUUUGUCCACCGUCCGUACUCCUGCGCUUUCAGCAUAUCCAUGACUUUUAGAAGGAGAAUAUUUUUUAUCAAAGUGAGUUUAAUUCCAGGGGAGCUGUGUGUAUUUCUGCUGUUUGUUUUUAGUGCCCCUGUUGCAGCAGUUUGAAAUAAAAGUACGUGUUUUUGA